CAAAAGGAUAACAUGUAUUUGUUUUAUGGUAAAAGAAAGGAAAAAGAAAGAGAGAGAGAAUUUUUCUCCCAUCAUCCAAUAUUUGCAGAAAAAAUAUAGAAACUCAAAAUUAGAAGGGAAUUUCCUUUCUUUCAAUAUUGAUUUUGGCACACUCUGCCCGUCUCUUCGGAGCAUUUCCCCGCUGUGUUUCUCUGCCUAAUUUUCAAUCUCCAUUUCACAGACAUCCAACAAACUCGUGUUCCGAUUCAAGUUCUAAUAUAUGUUUACAUAUAUAUGUUUGUAUGUAUGUAUUUGUUCGAAGCACCUUUGAAAGAAGAACGAGCAUACUAAGGAGGAAGAAGAUGGAGCAGCGCUUUGCCUCCUUCUGCUGAUUCAUGGCCUCUUCUCAGCAUCGCUGCGUUUUUGUUGGGAAUAUACCAUAUGAUGCCACUGAGGAACAGCUUAUAGAAAUCUGCCAGGAGGUUGGUCCUGUUGUGUCUUUCAGAUUAGUUAUUGAUAGAGAAACUGGGAAACCAAAAGGUUAUGGGUUCUGUGAGUAUAAGGAUGAAGAGACGGCUCUAAGUGCUCGUCGUAAUCUUCAGGGUUAUGAGAUCAAUGGCCGGCAAUUACGGGUUGAUUUUGCUGAAAACGAUAAAGGUUCUGACAGAAAUCGAGAACAGGGCCGUGGGGGACCCGGACUUGCUGCUAAUGUUGAUCCUCAAAAACAGUUAGCCAGCUCGGUGGCCCAUGGAGAAUCUGUUCACCAUCAGCCAAUUGGUCUCCAUAUAGCUAUAACUGCGGCAACUGUCAUGGCAGGAGCUUUAGGUGGUGCUCAGGCUGGUAUACAGUCAGCAUUGGCCAAUGAUCCCUUAACUCUUCGUCUGGCCAAAAUGUCUAGGAGUCAGCUGAACGGAAUAAUAUCUGAGCUGAAAGUAAUGGCUACACAAAACAAGGAGCUAGCUCGCCAGCUAUUGAUUGCAAGACCACAGUUGCCAAAAGCUCUUUUUCAGGCACAGAUAAUGCUAGGAAUGGUGACCCCCCAAGUGUUGCAAAUGCCAAAUAUUAGGCAGACUUCAGGUCUAGCCACGCAGCCUCCAUUGCAUGAUGGCCAGCAGGGUCAGCCUCUAGCUGUUCAAACUCUUCCUCGGCCACCUGCUCCUGCACAGAACAAGAUGCAGUCUGGGUUGAUGGCCAAAGUGCAAGAUAAUCAAGUUGCUGCACUGCCUCAAAAUCCUGUAGUUCUCCAUCAAUUUUCUGCACUCCCACAACCCCAAAGUCAGCUUCCACAACAUGCAAACAACCAUGGUGCACAGCAGGCCACAGUUCCUCUGCAGUCUGCAGUUUCAACUCUUACUGCUGCCUUACCCCAAUCUUUGGGCAGUUUGUCCUCUAGAUCACAAGUACAGGCAGCAAAUUCCUCUUCUCCAAACCAUCAAAUGCAGCCCUCUUUGCUACAACACUCUGGACAGGUCGGGGCAGCCAAUGCAGCCCUCUUUCAGAUGGUUAAUCCAAAUGCUACCAUAAAGCCUUCUCUUCUACCUCGUCCUCCUUUGUCGGAUGCAGGCUUUCAGCCUGGCCCUUCGGUAUCAUCAGUUACUUCACUGGCAAUUAAGAAGGAUGCUGAAAUACUUGCUCAAGUUCCUGACAAUGGAACUCAGGGCCUCAGAAGUAAUGCAUUUUCUAAUGCACCUUCAGGGAGCAUGUUUCGAGAUUCUUUAGAACCAGUUAAUCGCCCUCAAAAGCUGAUGAAAAUGGAUGAUGGAAGGAGAACAUCUUUCUCAGCCGGAAGUUUGAAUGUGACCAACACCAAUGCACCUAGACCAUCCCAAGUCAGUGGAGCUGGCUCAUUGCCUGUUAACCCAGUUCCAAAAACAGAAGGGCAAAUUUCUCAGUCACAGCUUCCACCUGAUGUGGAGUCUGUCUUACUGCAGCAAGUGUUGAACCUAACACCAGAGCAAUUGAGUUUAUUGCCUCCAGAACAGCAACAACAGGUUCUUCAACUCCAACAGGUUCUUCGGCGAGAUCAAAUUCAGCUAUCUUAGGAGAGGGAGUGACACAUUGGCGGAUCAUAAAUUCAGCGUUGGCACUUGGGAGUGCAGGCGCAAUUCUUUUACUUGUGAAGGACGAGCUAUCUAUUGAUUCAAUGAAAUUGUGAUUGCCUUCAAAAUUAUUGCUCUGGGGUGAUCCGGCAUACGAUCGGAAGUGUGAGCUUCCAUUCAUAUAAAGUUUAAGAGGCUGUGAUUAUCUUGCCUGAAAAAAAUUGUUAGAAGACAAUAAAAAGUUUUGUCUAAUCUUGUUGUCAUAAUUUGAAACUACCCAUGGUUGCAAUCGCAUUUGAUUUCACUUUUCUUUAA